UCUUUUUUCUGUUAAUUCUUCUUUUUCCUCAUUGAAAGACUGUUCUGCUCUGAUUCCCGCCAUGAACAGGUGGGGAAGCAAGGAGACCUUGAGAAUUCUGUACAUUCUAUUUCUGGGCCAGGUCGUUUCUCUCAACCUCGCCUUCACUGCCCUCACUGCAUCUCUUUUGGCUGAUAUCGGUGUCGAUGCGCCUCUUACGCAGUCAUUCUUCACCUAUCUAUUACUAGCUUUGGUAUACGGUGCCAUUCUUUUGUAUCGGCGUCAAAAGCUGCAGGUUCCUUGGUAUUGGUACAUUCCUCUGGGAUUUAUUGAUGUUCAAGGAAAUUAUCUUGUAAUUAAGGCAUUCCAAUACUCUUCAAUUACUAGUGUGACGAUAUUGGAUUGCUGGACCAUACCCUGGGUCAUUAUUCUCACAUGGAUCUUCAUAGGAACACGAUAUUCCUUGUGGCAGUACCUGGGUGCAGCUGCGUGUGUCAUAGGGCUUGGUUUGGUGCUGCUAUCAGAUGCAGGGGUGGGCGGUGGAGGUGGGGAGAAACCCCUACUGGGUGAUGUACUUGUUAUCGCAGGGACCCUUUGUUAUGCAAUGAGCAAUGUUGGUGAGGAAUACUGUGUUAAAAAGAAAGAUCGUGUUGAAGUAGUUGCAAUGCUUGGUGUCUUUGGAUUGCUGGUCAGUAUAUGUCAGAUAUCGAUGAUUGAGAGGAAGGAUCUCGAAGCAGUCCAGUGGUCUACAGAUAUUAUAUUGCUUUUUGCUGGCUAUGCACUGUCAACUUUCAUAUUCUACUCAAUUGUUCCCUUUGUUUUGAAGAUGAGUGGAGCCACGAUGUUCAAUCUCUCUCUUCUCACAUCAGAUAUGUGGGCAGUACUCAUUCGUAUCUUUAUUUACCACCAAAAGGUUGAUUGGCUAUAUUAUCUUGCUUUUGGUGUCGUGGCUCUUGGACUUGUCAUCUAUUCAGUAACUGAGAAAGAUCCUGUUCCAGCAACAGCUAUUGAGGAUGGCAACCCUAAUAUCCACUACCAACCUCUCAAUGAAGCAAAUGAAGAAUCUAGUAAUGAGACCUUCACUACAUGAAGAGCAGGACUGUAAAGUUUCAGUAAUUAUCAGAGCUCCACAUUCUGAAAAAAAAAAAAAAAAAAAAAUCUUCUCAGAAGUCAUAAUUCAAGCCCCCUUCCCCCAAUAGUUUCUCUCUAAAAUUGAAUUGGCUUCUGAUAACAAAAGUUGUCCUAUUGAGGGUCUACUUUGUGCCUUAUUGGAGAAGUGUAAAAGCUCAUGCUUUGUAGAUUUAUAAUUGUUUAUGUAGUGGGAUUUGAGGAAUUAUAGCUAUGAACUGGAGUCAGAUAAAUUAGCAAUUUCAAUAAGCUAAUGGAUUGGAGAGAUCAGUAAUAUUAUCUGAAAGACUGAUCCAUCAACUAAUAUCUUGAGUCAGAGUUUUCUUAUGUCUUUA